GGUAUAUAAGGCUUGCGGCAUACCACGUGACCCUCUUUCGCUCUCGCUACACCAACAUGGAUGCCAGUCGUGUGCAGCCGAUAAAACUCGCAAGAGUAACCAAGGUUCUGGGAAGAACUGGUUCCCAGGGACAGUGUACCCAGGUUAAGGUUGAGUUCAUGGAUGACAGCAACCGAUCAAUCAUCCGUAAUGUCAAGGGCCCAGUACGAGAGGGUGAUGUGCUGACCCUCCUGGAGUCUGAGAGAGAAGCAAGGAGACUGCGAUAGAAGCUCCUGGAGGUGAUCUUGUAGUGGAAACAAGACUUCCCAUGUCAACACACCAUCUGAUCUGUACAGUUUGGGAAUAAAUCCUUGAAAAGAAA